UGUCGCAGUGCGCACGCGCGCGGGUGGGCGGGUUUGACUGGCUGUAGGGUCCGCGCUGUCGGUGAAUGGCGUUGGUGGCGGGAAAGUUGAGUUCCCGGUGCGCCGAGCCUACGGGGCGAUGUGUAGUGACUUCCAUAGGGCUGAGUCUGGGACCGAGCUCCUUGCCCGACUUGAAGGUAGAAGUUCUUUGAAAGAAAUAGAACCAAGUCUGUUUGCUGAUGAAGAUUCUCCUGUGCAUGGUGAUAUUCUUGAAUUUCAUGGCCCAGAAGGAACAGGAAAAACAGAAAUGCUUUAUCACUUAACAGUACGAUGUAUACUUCCCAAAUCAGAAGGAGGCCUGGAAGUAGAAGUCGCAUUUAUUGACACAGAUUACCACUUUGAUAUGCUCCGGCUUGUUACAAUCCUCGAGCACAGACUAUCCCAGAGCUCUGAAGAAAUGAUCAAGUGCUGCCUGGGAAGACUGUUUUUGGUGUACUGCAGUAGCAGCACCCACUUACUUCUCACGCUUUACUCACUAGAAAGUAUGUUCUGUAGUCGCCCGUCUCUUUGCCUUUUGAUUUUGGAUAGCCUGUCAGCUUUUUACUGGAUCGACCGCGUCAAUGGAGGAGAAAAUGUUAACUUACAGGAGUCUACUCUGAAGAAAUGUUCUCAGUUCUUAGAGAAACUUGUAAAUGACUAUCGCCUGGUUCUUUUUGCAACCACACAAACUAUAAUGCAGAAAGCCUCGAACUCGGUGGAAGAACCGUCUCAUGCCUCCCAACGCCUGUGUGACGUGGAUAUAGACUACAGACCCUAUCUCUGUAAAGCAUGGCAGCAAGUGGUGAAGCACAGGAUAUUUUUCUCCAAACAAGAUGAUUCAAAAAGCAGAAACCAAUUUUCAUUAGUUUCACGCUGUUUAAAAAGUAAGAGUUUAAAAAAACAUUUUUUUAUUAUUGGAGAAAGUGGGGUUGAAUUUUGUUGAUAUAUAUCAUAAAAUAGUCUUUUGCAGGGUAUUAUGCAAGUUUUUCUUUUUUAAGACAGGGUCUCGCUCUAUCUAUCUCGCUGGAGUGCAGUGGCACAAUCAUGGCUCACUGCAGCCUUGAACUCCUGGCCUCAAGGGAUCCCCCUAUGUGUGUCUCCCAGAGUACAAGGAUUACAGGCAUGUGCCACUGCACCUGGCCAAAAGUUUUCUUUUUUUUUUGAGAUGGAGUCUCACUCUGUCACCCAGCCAGGAGUGCCAUGGCGUGAUCUCGGCUCACUGCAACUGCUGCCUCCUGGGUUCAAGAGAUUCUCCUGCCUUAGCCUCCCAAGUAGCUGGGAUUACAGGUGCCCACCACCAUGCCUGGCUAACUUUUGUAUUUUUAAUGGUGACUGGGUUUCACUAUGUUGGCCAGGCUGGUCUCGAACUCCUGACCUCAAGUGAUCCACCUGCCUUGACCUCCCAAAGUGCUGGUAUUACAGGCGUGAGCCUCCGCGCCGGCCCUAAAGUUUUAAACUCUACGGGAAUUAACAGUAUUUCUUUACAGAAUGGAUUUGUUAUAGUACAAUAAAACUAAAGACUAUUCUGUUUCUAGGCUGUUGAAUCAAAGUGGUAUUAACAAUUAAACUUUGUAUUAA